AUGGGAGCCCUCCGUCCAGCUCUCCUCGCACUGGCUGCGACCUUCCCGCUCGCUGGAUGCAGAUCCCCAGCGUCAACUCUCUACUGUCUCUCACAACCGGCCUCCUCCACAUCCAUCACCACGCUCAACUCCUCCCUCCCUCGGGCUCAGUGCUUCAGGGUUGAGAACGGACUGUUCUCUGAGGUCUUGGAUGCGGUUCCGGAAAGUGGUGAGGAGCGUGUGGAACUCGAUGGCUGGGUGAUUCCAGGGAUCAUCGAGAGCCACGGCCAUAUCCUGGCGUAUGGUGAGAUGCUGGAGAGCGUGUCGCUGUACGGAGCGGAUAGUAUGGGGGCGGUCAGGGAGAGGAUCAAGAGCUUCUUAGCGGAGCACAAGGGGGAGGGGUACGGAGGGCGAGGAAAGUGGGUGAGGGGUAUUGGGUGGGAUCAGAAAUUCUUUGGGGGGGUUAUGCCGACUGCUGAGGAGCUUGGAGAGGAUUCGGAUCUGGAAGGGCUGUAUAUCAUGCUUGACCGAGUAGACGUUCACUGCGUUCUCACCUCUCAGAAAGUCCUCGAUUUGCUGCCCCGGCCGCUCCCAAAAGCACCGCCGGGAGGCGUGGUUGUCACUGAGCCUGGUCCCGGGGUAUUCUGUGACAACGCGAUGGAUGCCAUCAUCUAUCCGCUUGCACCCAAGCCAGAUGUCGCUCAAAAAACACGGUGGUUCAAGACCGCUUUGGCGGAGUUGAAUAGAGUGGGUAUCGUUGGUGUUGGAGAUGCGGGCAUGAGACCGGAUGAUGUUGCUAUACUAGAGGGCUUGGCUGAGAAAGGGGAGUUGACUUUGAGAAUCAAUGUUAUGCUUGAGUGUGCUGAGAGGAACACCUUUUGUCCGGAUGAGACAGAGGGGUUGGAUCUGUUGGCGGCUUCGGAGGAUGGGUUGGGAGAUAGCACGUUGAUGCUUGGGGGAGUGAAGCUUUUUGCAGAUGGGGCGCUGGGGUCUUGGGGUGCGGCGUUGUUGGAGCCAUACUCGGAUAGGGCUGAUACCAGCGGGACAAUGUUGAUAAACGAGACGGAAUUGACGGCUGUGGUCAACCAGUGGUUCAAUGCUGGGUUCCAGGUCAAUAUUCACGCGAUUGGAGACCGAGCGAAUCGAGCUGCGGUGGAUGCUUUUGAAAGCGUUCUGGGAGCUGGUUGUGACGGCUGCAAUGAAGCAAAGAGGUUGAGGAUCGAGCAUGCUCAAAUCAUUCACCCAGAUGACCAGAAGCGGAUCGCGAGAAUGGGCAUAAUCCCAAGUAUCCAACCCACACAUGCCACCUCCGACAUGGCAUACGCACUCGACCGGCUCGGAGCAGAACGGCUCUCUCAUUCCGCUUACCGCAUGGCCAGCCUCUUCCCCCCCGGUCCGGAAGCAACAGUCUCGAAAUACCCGGGUCCGGUCCUCGGCUCUGACUUCCCCGUUGAGCCACCGUCCCCUUUCGAAGGCAUGUACGCGGCCGUCACGCGGCUCAAUCCCAAAACGGGCACGAGUCCCUCCGGCCCUGGCGGCUGGCACACGGAGCAGGCGUUGACCGUUGAACGAGCCCUGCUGGGCUUCACGAGGAACGCGGCUUAUGGAUGGGGGAAGGAAGGCCAGACGGGUGCCAUCGAGGUGGGGAUGUGGGCGGAUUGGGUCGUACUUGAUAGGGAUGUCUCGGCCGAUGAGACGGGGAGGAGCUUGAGGGAUGUGGUGGUCAAGGAGACCUGGGUUGGGGGACGGAGGGUGUUUCCGGUAGAGGAUGUGGCGACGACGAGUGUUGUCAAGGACGGACCGAGGAGAGAAGAGAUUGUAAAAGAUGAGUUGUAA